GAGCCGAUUCUAAAGGCAUUUGGUCUAGAUUCCGCGGCAAAUAAUGUUGUCCAGUGUCUUCUCACAUCUACCCCAGAAGCCAUCAAAGUUAAAAUGGCAUCAGCCCAGGUUAUUCUCGGGUACAUUCGCUCUCAAGCCAGUGGUAACUGAUUGCUAAAAUUAACCCUUACAUAGUCUUACUCCAUCAAUCCUCGCAACUCUCGGCGCCAGCCCCCAGGAGACCGCUAUGCUCUCCGUUUUCGCUAAAAGACCAUUGUUAUCAGCUCUUCUCGCCGCCGGCUCACCUGCAGUCUUUCCCCUCCGAUCAUUCGAAUACACAAGGACUAUCGAGGAUCUGCUGGAGCGCGAUUUUCAAAAACCCGCAAUUUUCAAUGACCUUGAUCCCGUUAUUCUCGUCCUGGAGUAUCUUCUCGCUGCUGCAUCGGUGGGAAACAUUGGCGAGCUAUGCUAUCGACUAGGAGGACGCGUCCUCAGUGCUAUAUUUACAGGCGACGAACAACAUUAUUUUAUCUGGGCUUGGAUUGGUUUGGCUAUUCAUGGUUUUGGAGCGCUUACUCUUUACCGUAGAACGAAGGUUACAACUCUUGGAGGAGAGUACGACCAGCACCAUGGGCACACCGUUUUUAACCAGUUCAAGCUACAGGCAAGACAAACUCGACUUUGCAUUGAGAUUCGCCGAGAAUCCCUUCUCUUCCUAGCUAUCUACUGGUUUACCACCUUACUAACAGUGUGCCACAUCGUCUACGGCACGAUUCUAUUUUCCAGUAUGCUGUUUAUCUCAGUGGAAGAUGCCAUUUCUGUUAUCGCCCGGCUGAUGGGAAGCGUCAUCGUGUGUCGGAUUGUUCUAAGUUAUGAGUUAGUUAACCUCCAAAGCAUCGUUAAGGAGAUUAAGAAGGAAAGAAUCGCAGAUAUUACAGAUGCGACCGCUGAGAGGGAAAUGGAGGAGAGGCAGGGAUCGAAAUGAACGCUGACGCAAAUUGACACGAACAGCGGCUCUAUGUAAUGUCUAUGUGGAUACUUCACUUACUAAAAAAUAAAAACCGAAAUAGUCCAAAUCUACGCUUAGUUAA